CAGGCUCUACGGCUACGGAGAGGGCUUUCUGUGUCUACGUACAGCACUUUACGGAGGACGCAACAGCUAGGAGGGGGUAGGAGGAGGGCGGUGCUCCGUGGAGGUCCUCCUCAUCACGCACGGACGUGCUCUUGUUCACAAUUUACAGCAGCAUCAGCAGCACCUGAUAUGGCUACGAAGAUCAUCUACUUCACGGUGAACGGGAGGCCCGAGAGAGCCGAGCUCCCGUUGGAUUGUCCAGCGCAGGACUUAAAAGACUUAUUCCGCUCUGCGGCCGAGGCAAGACCCCACGACAUCCUGAAGCUGUACAACCCCAAGGGCAACCUCAUCAACAUCUCCCCCCGCCUGGAGCCUAACAACCCCAGCUCCUGCUACAAGCUGGAGGUGGUGGCCGCAGACUGCACCAUCGAGCUGUUAGGUGUGGAGCUUGCUGUGGCACUCGGAUUUAACCUCUCCACCAUGGAGAAAAGACUGCAGGGUCUGGAGAAGAAGAUCUUGGCCCAGGUGGUGGAGACGCCUGCAGUCGUGUACGAGAUGAAGAAACAGGUGGACUUGUUCCGGGAGAAACUGGAGAGUGUGGAGCACCUCAGCUGGCUGGGGCUGUUCAAGGAGCUGUCUGAUGGACCACACAAGCCCUCCCCUUUCUACCACAAGAGACCUCUACGCAAAACCUGUGAUGAGGUCAAACACGUACGGGACAAAUUUCUCCAGAUGAGCUCUCUUGAGGUUUCCGAAGAAGUGAAACAGUAUUUAAAGACCCCGUCCUUUGAUAAUUGGCAAUGGGAGGACGCAGAGAUCAUGGUACUUCUUCAGGUGAUGUACACAGACCUGGACUUAAUAGCCACUUUCAACAUCGAGCCUGAGGUCCUGCAACAUUUCCUGUUUGAAGUGUACCGCAGAUACAACAACAUCCCCUUCCACAACUUCAAACACUGCUUCUGUGUCACCCAGAUGAUGUAUGGGCUUAUCUGGAUGACUGACCUAAAGAGUAAGAUAGACAGUAUUGACCUGCUGACUAUGCUCACCUCUGCUGUCUGUCAUGACCUCGACCACACCGGGUAUAACAACGCCUAUCAGAUCAAUGCACGGACUGAGCUGGCUUUGCGCUACAACGACAUCUCUCCAUUGGAGAACCAUCACUCCGCCGUGGCCUUUGAGAUACUGGAGAAGAGAGAGAGCAACAUCUUCAGAAAUCUGACGAUAGAGCAAUACAAGCGGAUAAGGGAAGGAAUCAUUAAAUGCAUCCUGGCCACUGACAUGACGAAACACAAUGAGAUCCUCAGCAAGUUCAAGACGAUCCUGCCUGUGUUUGACUUUAAGAACAAGGACCAUAAAGAUGUGCUGAUGAUGAUCCUGAUCAAAGUGAGUGACAUCUCCAACGAAGCCAGGCCAAUUGAAGUGGCCGAGCCGUGGCUGGACUGUCUUCUUCAGGAGUUCUACAACCAGGGCGACAUGGAGAAGCUGGAGGGACUUCCGGUCACGCCCUUCAUGGACCGCGAUAAGGUGACCAAGCCUUCCUCUCAGACCGGCUUCAUCCGGUUUGUCCUCCUGCCGCUCUUCAUCGAGCUGGCCAACCUCUUCCCCUGUCUGGAGCAGCACAUAGUAUACCCUGUACGGAAGGCUCUGGACUACUACACUGAGAUGGAAAAAGCUCUGGAGCGGGAUAAACAGAACCGGGCUCAAGAGAAGGCUACCAAGAGUAAAGAAUCUCCUCCAGGCUCCCAGGCCGCAUCAGACGCUCAAACCGCAUCUGUGCAGGAGUGCUCAAAGACAGCAGCACAGUGAGCAGCCCAGGCCAUUUACACACAUAGGAACCUAUCUGCAGUCAUAACGGGCCAUAGACGCAUAUAGGAGUCUAUGUGGAGUCAUAAGGGGCCAUACACACACAUAGCAGCCUGUAUGGAGGAAUAACGGGUCAAUAUUUAACAACAUUUUGUAUGUAUACAUUUAUUGGGUUUAUCAUAGUUAUUCAAUUUUUAUUGUGUUUGUUUGCCGUUUCUUAUCCGAGUUCGGCUUGUGGAUAGAAGUAAACUCUCAAUGUGAUUCAUACAUUUUGCGUGUGUUAUCAUCAAAUGUAAAACAAAGGAAGAGUAUGGCGCCAUCUAUUGGACAUUGACGUGCUAUUACAAAGGUGCCUCUGAGCAAAAAAAAAAUUCUGUGGGGUCAUUUUUAUUUUUUAAAGGGGACAUAUUAUACCACUAGGUUUGAGUGUGAUUAGCCUUACAAGCCGUUUCGAAA